AAACUCCACUUGGAUGUGUAUUGAGUCAGCGGCCAUGCGCAAAUGGACCCAGAGGAGGGCCGUCUACAUAAAAUCCCUGCCGGGGGCGGGGGUCUCCAUUCACUGCUUACCAGACAACUUAAACCAGUAGCUGGAGAUACGACAUACCUAUAACCAACCGAGGAACAGUUAAAAAAGCACCAACUAGUCCUCUUCUCAUCUCAUGACUCUACGGAUUUAGACAGCGGCGGUGAUGCGGCGGCUGUGUUGCUAACAUUUUUUUUUUGGUAUUCAUUUCCUAAUUGUUGCCGGUUCUGAAUCGGGUGAGGAGUUCAUUAAGGAUGAAGCUGAAACCUAACCAGACCCGGACGUACGACGGCGAGGGUUUCAAGAAGCGAGCGGCGUGCCUGUGCUUCAGGAACGAGCGUGAAGACGAGGUGUUGUUGGUCAGCAGCAGUCGGCACCCGGAUCAGUGGAUCGUCCCCGGGGGAGGGAUGGAGCCCGAGGAGGAGCCUUGUGGAGCGGCGGUACGGGAAGUGUUUGAGGAGGCUGGUGUCAAGGGCAAGCUAGGACGUCUGCUUGGUGUGUUUGAGCAAAACCAAGAUCGGAAGCACCGGACAUACGUGUACGUGCUGACCGUCACCGAGACGCUGGAGGCCUGGGAGGACUCGGUCAACAUAGGCCGCAAGCGCGAGUGGUUCACGGUGGAGGAGGCCAUCAAAGUGCUGCAGAGCCACAAGCCCGUGCACGCCGAGUACCUGCGGCGACUGCAGCAGCUCCAGCUCAGCUGCUCGCCCACCAACGGCAACUCCAUCCUAGCCGGCCCGCCGUCCAACGACAACUACCCGCAUUACAGCGCCACGGCAACCACGCCCUCCACGGGCAGCAUGCUGGCUUCCUCUCGCAGAUAGGAACCACUCCCGACGAUGUUUUUGUACAGCUUCGCAUGGAACCUGGACUCUUCGACAAAGUGUGUAAAUAGUCUUAACUGCUGGACGGACCAAAGCCAUUGUCAGAAUUUGAGAAGGACUCACGAGACGGAGCGCUAAGAUGGCAACGCUCAUGCGGCCGACUCGCACGUUUUUUCCCUCAGCGUGACGAGCAGGAGGACGCCGCGGACUCUGCUGGCAUGCCUUACAGUACUUUGUAUGAAUGUUUCGAUUCUCUUUUGGCACAAUACGUACACUCUGUGGUCAAGAAACACAAAGCAUGACCAUGCGGAGAAUGUUUUCAGACACAACGAUGGCUUUGACAUCAUCCGCGUAGAAGGCGCUCGUUUCCCUGAGUUUUCAUUCAGUAGAAACUAUUUAAAAGUCAACGCGAGUUGCCGUUUAAUACGGGACGUUCGUGCCGUAAUUUAAAAAAGGUCAAUGCAAUGAAAAUUGUUAAAAAAAAUUCUACCCUUAUUAUAAAGGUUUUUCGCUUAAGGCAAACAAAAUUUUAAUUUACAAAAUAUUAAAUAAGUUUUGAUGAAAUAUUUUCAACAAUGAAAUUAGUUUCCGGAAGUGAUGGUCCUUUUAAUUAUCCUCAACUUAAAAAUAUGAAAAACAAUUCCGAAAAUUGUUUUGGCAUAAACAAAUUGCUUACUUUGUUCCAAAAAAUGUAAAUUGUAAAUUGUAAAAUUGUUCCACCUGAAAUUGUUAAUUAUUUUAAUUUACAGUGUGGUUCACAACAACAACAACAACAACAACAAAAAAAGAAAAUACUUCAAAUAAGUAAAUAAUUGGAAAUGUGUAGGGUAAGUAAUGGUCCUUUUAAUUAUCCUCAACUUAAAAAUAUGAAAAACGACUCAGAAAAUUGUUUUGGCAUAAACAAAUUGCUUACUUUGUUCCAAAAAAUGUAAAUAAUUUAUAUUUUAAAAUUGCUCCAUUUGAAAUUAUUAAUUAUUUUAAUUUACAGUGUGGUUCACAACAACAACAACAAAAAAGAAAAUACUUCAAAUAAGUAAAUAAUUGGAAAUGUGUCCGUUAAAAAUCUGACUAUACACAACUCAAAUUUAUUUGUAGCGCACUUACGAACAAAGGGCUGUACAUAAAAGUCGGACAUAAAACUUUAAGAAUAAUAACAUAAUAAUCAAUAAAUAGAAUGGUAUUUUCUAAUGAACUCAUUUGUUGCUAUUGACGGCUAAAGAAGUCAAAGGUCCAUUGUUUUCUUGAGCUGGCAUUGAAUGAUGAAAAUUCACAAACUUUCUGCAGCGCCUCCUCUUUUUGGCUGACUUAACUUGUGUUGACUGUUUAUUUAAUUCCAAAACUGUUUUAUGAUUAUUUCUGGGCCGUUGGUGGGCCAGUUCAAAGGUCACACGAGGCUUUCUGUGAAUCGCUACCUCAGUCCAAGUAAACAAGCGGAUGAGUCGGAAAUGCUGUCUUGCUAACAGCGACAAGCGUCCGCCGAUGAUGAUGAUGAUGUCAUGCGAGAAAAAGCCGCCUGGUUCCCACCUUUCAAACCAUUUGAAGUUCUUCGCAGUAUCAAAUGUCCAUCACAGGCUGCUUCCUGCUUCACCUUUAUCGACGGCCUGUGUUUUAACAUUUAAACUCACUAUAGCUGCUCUUGUUUUUAUCAUAUGGUGUUGCCCAGGAGGCCUUGAUGAGGUGCUUGAGGCUUGUCAGGCGCUUGAUACUUUCUGCCAAAAAAAAAAAAAAAAAAAAGACAGAAGCUGCUUCUGUCGACGGCUGAAUGACGACGCUCGAAUUAGCCUUGGGGAAACGUAUUGGGAUUGUGUUUUUAACUUGAAUGAAUCUGUACUUACUGUUUUGUAACUUUUUAACUAUGUACAAAUAACUGGACCCCCCCGCCCAAACAGCACCCCCCGUCCCCCCUCUGUGCUUUCUACAGUCCUGAAAAUGGUUUGAAUGUGUUACAUUUAAACUCACUAAUGCCGUUAACGGAAUAACAAUAGCCUUGAAUCCAAACUCUGAUUAUUUCUUUUGGCAUAAUAUCCAAAUAUUACUAAAAUGCUUGAGUGAAAAUGUUGUUACGGAUGUGAAUGGUGCCAAAUUUCAACAUUUCAUGUAGACAUGUAAAAGAAUAUACUUUUAAGAUUUUAAUUAUGUGGAAGAAAAGUGUGGUGUCGACUGUUUUGUUGAACUAAUGUGACUUAUGAAUGACUUCUAACGCGUCAUACAUUUGAGUUAAAUCCCCUAAUGUAACUUUGGAGGCAAUUCUUGAACCUUCAGUCACCCGAAAUUUAAUGUAUUUAAUGCAAAUGAAUGUAAAACUGGUGCAAGCCUCGUUGUUUCUGUCACAUUGGGCAACUUUGAAUGUUAAAUCAAAGCAAACCAGGAGACAUGUUAUUAUUGAUUCUUAUGAUAAAUGACUGACUUUAAACUGGAAAUAUUGUGUUGAAGAUCUGAAAAAAAAAAAAAAAACAUUAAAUGGGGGGAAAUUCUUACUGUAAA